AUGGCAGAAGAAGAAGAAGAAGAGCAGGACCUCGCCCAGGGGUCCAUCAUACCCUCCCUCUACAAGCCCGCCUCCCUCCUCCCCAUCGCCCGCCUAAAAGACCAAUUGUUAUACACCAUCGAAACAUACCCCGUCACCAUCGUCGUCGGCGAAACGGGCAGCGGGAAAACGACUCAGAUCCCCAGGUUCCUGUACGACGCGGGCUGGACGUCCGACGGGUCGAGCAUCGCGGUUACGCAGCCGCGCAGGAUCGCAGCGACAUCCGUGGCGGCGCGGGUAGCGGAGGAAAUGGGGUGUAAGCUCGGACAAGAGGUCGGGUACUCGAUUCGCUUCGAGGACGUGACGUCCGCGGCGACGCGGGUGAAGUUCCUGACUGACGGGCUGUUGCUGCGGGAGAUGCUUGUCGAUCCGCUGUUGAAGAGGUAUUCGGUUGUUAUGGUUGACGAGGCGCAUGAAAGGUCGUUGAGUUCGGAUGUGCUGUUGGGGUUGUUGAAGAAGGUGGUUAGGCGGAGGGGGGAUUUGAGGGUCGUGGUGGCGAGUGCGACGUUGGAUGCUGAGAGGUUCAAGGCGUUUUUUGAGCCGGAAGGGGAGGAGGAGAGGGUUUGUGGGAGGGGGAGGGGGGAGGUUGCGUGCGUGGUUGGGAUUGAGGGGAGGGUGUGGCCGGUUGAGGUGCAGUUUUUGAGGGAGGCUGCGGAGGAUUACGUGGAGAGGGCUGUUGAGACGGUGAUGGAGAUUCAUGCGAGUGAGGGGCCGGGGGAUAUUUUGGUGUUCCUGACGGGGCGUGAGGAGAUCGAGACGGCGAUUGAUAUGAUUGCGGAUCGGAUGGUUGACUUGGAGCCUGGACGACAGCGAUUGCAGCCGCUGCCGCUGUAUGCGGGACUCCCGACGGAUCAGCAGAUGUACGUCUUUGAGGAGGCCGGUGAGGAUACGCGGAAAGUCAUCGUGUCGACCAACAUCGCCGAGGCGUCCGUCACCAUCGACGGCAUCGUAUACGUCGUCGACAGCGGCUUCGUGAAGUUGCGCGUCUACGACCCAACCCUCGGCAUCGAGCGCCUCAACGUGUGUCCCGUCUCGCGCGCAUCUGCAAUCCAGCGCGCCGGUCGCGCAGGCCGGACUCGCCCUGGUAAAUGCUUCCGACUGUACACGGAAUCGACCUUCAACGCCCUCGAGGCGGCCACCACCCCGGAGAUCCAGCGCAGCAACCUCGCGCCCAUGGCCCUGCAACUCAUGAACCUGGGCAUCCAAAACCUCGUCCGCUUCGACUACCUCUCCCCUCCGCCAUCCACCCUCCUCAUCCGCGCAAUGGACCUCCUCGGCUCCCUGGGCGCCGUCGACGCAACGACCGCACGCCUCACGAAACCCCUCGGAACACGCAUGGCAGAGCUCCCCCUCCCUCCGAUGCUCGCGAAAUGCCUCCUCAACGCCCCGUCCUUCGGCUGCCUCUCCGAAAUGCUCACCAUCGCCGCCAUGAUGACGCUCAACGGCAACGUCUUCAUCUCCCACUCCUCAACCUCCACCUCUAAAGCCCAGGAGGAAAAGAUCCGGCGCCGCUUCGCCGUAACCCAAGGCGACGCGGUGACGCUGUAUAACAUCUACACCUCCUUCCACUCCCACUCCUCCCCAUCAUCCUCUUCCUCCACUAACAGCCCCUCCCCCCAAUGGUGCAGAGAAAACAACCUAAACUUCAAAUCCCUCAUCAAAGCCACCUCCGUUCGCAAGCAGCUCCGCAACCACCUCUCGCGCCUCGGCAUCGAAGAGAACGCAGGGCUUUCCGGCCCGGAGGUCGUGCGUGCUGGAGGCAUGGGCGUGGUCGAGAGGGUGCAGCGGUGUCUUGCGAGUGGGUUUUUCGCGCAGGCGGCGCGGAUGCAAAGUGACGGCACUUUUAGGACGGCGGGCGGGGGUGCGACGCUGUGGCCGCAUCCUACUUCUAUUUUCUUUCAUAGGAAGGCGGAUUGGGUGGUGUACGGCGAGAUUCUGGAGACGAGGGGGAAGGUGUAUAUUAGGGAUCUGACGGCGGUGGAGAUGGAGUGGUUGGUUGAGAGUGCGCCGGAGUAUUAUAAGGUUACGCAGAAAUGA